UUCUUUUUCUCAUUCUCAUGUUUAUUCUCUUACUUUCCUAGCCUACACCUUCUUUCUUCCUCAUAGGUUUUGGAUGAAUCAUCGUUCAUAUUCUUCAUUCACUAAUGCAAUCGCAGUUCCUUCCUUAAUCUGGAUACAGAUUUCAUUUCACCAAUUGAAUAACAUAAUAAUUGCUCAGUUGAUUCUUUUUCUUUAAUAGAAUUGCGUUAUUUCAAUUCAUGAUCCUGCCGGAAACUAUGUUGCAUUCCGAUAUCGAUAUGGAUUCAUCGGAUGCUCUCCGCUGCAAGCGUAACGACGGAGCUCGGUGGCGCUGCAAGGAGCUGGCCUCGCCUGGGAAAUCGUACUGUGACAGGCACUUGAUCCAACUCAUGAAGCAAAAUUUGAAUUAUAAGGUGCGGAAUUAUGGAGACAGAGGUUUAUGUUCUGGUGGUAGAGUUAUGGAGGAGGCGGGGAAGAGGAACGAGGUUAGACCACGAUUUGGAUCGCUAGGAGAAGAGAGUGCGGACGAGCUAGACCGAAAUAGAAGUCUGGUGAGGAAACAGAAAAGGCAGCUCUGUAAUAGAGAGAACAAUUUUUCUAAGGAUGCUAAAAUCGGGAGAGAUUCGGGAAAAUCUGAAUUAACGGCUUUCAAAUUGAGUGACGGAAAGGAUACGGCCGAUUCUGUGAAAAGGCUUGGCGCGUCUGCGAAGCGCAAGAGAAAUCAUGUUGUAACGAAUGGAAAAUCGGUGGAGACGGAUAAGCCUAAUAAAAAGAAUGGUGGGAGUUUGAUGUGUCAUCAGUGUCUGCGGAGCGAUACAAGUGGAGUUGUCUUUUGUUCAAAUUGCCAAAGAAAACGGUUUUGCUAUAAGUGUAUUGAACGAUGGUACCCUGAUAAAACAAGGGAGGAUGUUGAGAAUGCAUGUCCAUGUUGCCGUGGUCAUUGUAAUUGCAAGGCUUGCUUAAGAGAGUUUGUUGAGUUUGCUCCCAAAGAAUUAGAUGCAAGUGUAAAAGUAGAGCGAUUAAAAUUCUUGUUACACAAGGUUCUGCCCAUUCUCAGGCAUAUUCAAAGGGAACAGAGUUAUGAAUUAGAGGUUGAAGGCAAUAUACAGGGUGCUCAAUUGAAAGAAGUGGAUGUAGAAAGAAUAAAGCUAGUUCAGACAGAGCGCAUGUAUUGUGACAAUUGCAAUACUUCGAUCUUCAACUUUUACAGAAGCUGCUUCAACCCAAACUGUUCUUACGAUCUAUGUCUUAGCUGCUGUAAAGAGUUGAGGGAAAGUUUCCAUUCUGAAGGAAGAGAAUGUCAGUUGACAUCUACAUCUCAGACUUCUGUCGGUGGCAUGUCAUCAAGUUCCCAGGUUUGGAGUGCGAAUCCUGAUGGUAGUAUACCAUGUCCUCCAAAAGAACGCGGAGGUUGUGGGAUUGCAAGUUUGGAGUUGAGACGUUCCCUUAAAGCUGAUUGGGCUAACAAGUUAAUUGAAGGAGCAGAGGAGCUUACAAGCGAUUACACAUUACCUGAUACUUGUUCUUCUGAAAUCUGUUCAUCAUGCUGUCUCAACAGUAAUGAAGUCAGACAAGCAGCUUUCAGGGAAAAUAGUCAUGACAAUUUCUUGUACUCCCCAAAUUCUGAAGAUAUAAUGGAUGACGGUGUUAACCAUUUUCAAACGCACUGGAUGAAGGGCGAACCUGUUAUCGUUAGAAAUGUUCUUGACAAAACAUCUGGUCUUAGUUGGGAACCUAUGGUUAUGUGGAGAGCUUUUAGACAAACAGGAGCUAAUGUGAAGUUCAAAGAGGAGACAUGCAGUGUGAAGGCCAUUGAUUGCUUGGAUUGGUGUGAGGUAGAGAUAAAUAUCCAUCAGUUUUUUGUCGGAUACUUAGAAGGCCGUAUGCACAGAAAUGGAUGGCCAGAAAUGUUGAAACUGAAGGAUUGGCCUUCAUCUACUUCAUUUGAGGACCGUUUGCCUAGGCAUUGUGCCGAAUAUAUUGCAGCACUUCCUUACAGUGAAUAUACCCACCCAAAAUAUGGUCUUCUGAAUCUAGCUACCAAACUUCCUGUGGGCUCACUGAAGCCUGAUAUGGGACCCAAAACUUAUAUUGCAUAUGGAUUCCAGGAGGAGCUGGGCAGAGGUGACUCCGUAACAAAGCUUCACUGCGAUAUGUCUGAUGCGGUAAAUGUACUGACUCAUACAAGUAAAGUUAAUAUUAAGACCUGGCAACGUGCUUUCAUUGAAAAGAGGCAAAAACAUUUUGCUGCUGAAGAUUGUUCUGAACUAUAUGGUGGAAUGAAAAGUACAUCUGAUGAUACAGAAAAGGAUUCUGAAUGUAAACAAAAUCAAGUUACAGGUCAGGAAGCAUGCUUGAUGGGUUUAAAUGCAUCUUGUAGAAAAGGGGUUACAAAACCUGUCAAAUGUGCAAAUGCAGAUCCAUCUAUGAUUGAAAAACCAUUAGGAGAAUCAAAGCCUCAGAGCAGCGGACAGUUUGACGAACAUGAUUACAACUCUUCCAAUUUAACAGAUGUUACUGUCAGAAAUUCAUCUGUAGACAUGUGCAGUACUGGUGCUUCAGCUGAUAUCUUUUGUUCAAAAGGACCCGAGUCUGCUCAGAAAUUAGUUAUUGCACACACCCCCAGUCAGCUCUGUGGUCAGUCUUCUAACGAUACUAGUAAAAUCCAUCAUGAAACUUGUGAUUCAGAAAAAGCCUCAGGUUGCAAUGAAGUUAAUGAUCUAAGAUCAAGCCAUUCAAUUAAGAAUAGGGCAGAUAGUCAUUUAGAAGAUGAUGAAAAGAUGGAGGUUGCUACUGGUGGAGCUGUUUGGGACAUUUUCCGUAGGCAGGAUGUUCCCAAGAUAGUCGAGUACUUAGAAAAGCACCAGAAGGAAUUUCGUCAUAUCAAGUGUAAACCUGUAAAUUCUCUUGUUCAUCCAAUUCAUGAUCAGACUGUUUUUUUAAAUGCAAAACACAAGGAGCAGCUGAAGGAGGAGUUUGGUGUUGAACCUUGGACAUUUGAACAAUUCAUUGGUGAGGCAGUUUUCAUUCCAGCAGGAUGCCCUCACCAAGUUCGAAAUAGACAGUCCUGCAUAAAAGUAGCUAUGGACUUUGUAUCCCCGGAAAAUGUGGAAGAAUGCUUUCGGUUAACAGAGGAGUUCCGUUUCCUCCCAAAAACACAUAAAGCUAAGGAAGACAAAUUGGAGGUUAAAAAAAUGACACUUUAUGCUGCAAGUUCUGCUAUCAGAGAGAUCAGAGAACUGCUGUUAAAGCUUGACUGAGAAAUCCUUCAAUUAUCUUUUCGUGUAACACGGGGCAAUCAGACGAUUCAAUCCUCCCAGCUUACCAGCCACAUACUAAAUUGACAGAAUUAUCUGCAGUGUUGGACUAUCGCGCAUGAUGUUUAUAUGCGGAAAGGUGAGGAUAACUACAUCUAUGGAGCAACUGUGAAGUCUGUUAUCUAUUAUUCAAGAAGCUGACGAAGGUUGAAAAUAGCAAGCCAACAUUUUAGCUAAUAAAUAGAUCGGCAAACAUUCCCUUAUUUAUUAGACAGCAAAAGAAAUGUGGAUGCUGACAAAGAGCCUUUCUCGAACUUAAGAACACUGGAUCAUUUGUAGAAUGGAGGCUUCGUGAUUAUUGGCCGUGGAACACUGUAGAAGCUUGCUACAAUCUUUUUCAUUGCUGUGGUAAGAACUUGAUCUUUGUGUAAACAGUGAAUGAAAAUACUUAAAUGGCGAUGCAAAAAGAAAAUUUUCUAUAUGCCUUAAGGGGACCUAGAAGCGAUUUGGUAGAGAUCUCAGUUGUCCAGCCUCUACCUAAGCAUUAGAGAAUAAUUGGUUGAAGUUAGCAGGGAAAAGUCAAUGAAAAUUAAUGUUGGGGACUUCCCAGCCUCCAAACUAUGGAUAAUUUAGCGGAUAAUUCAGCUUAGUUUCUUGAACCUCUUGAGAGAAAGGGACUCAAAAACUGCCAAAGAAAAGGUAAAUUGCAAGCAAACCCCAACUACUUCGAGGAAAUAUGUAAGCAAAUUCAUGGCAAGCCAGCCAAUUCGGGAAGCAGCUGCGGUCCUUAACAUUGAAAGAAAGAGCAUGUCGAUUGGCACAUUCUGCAGCAGGAGAUAUAGUAAGACAGAGGACAAGCAGCGUUAUCAAUGAAGGGUUGAUGGGUUUACAGCAAAAACUCAUUGGAAAAGCUGCUUCUUUGGUCCAACCUUCUCAGCAAGUUUCAACUACCACUACUAAUGACCAUACUGCCUCAUUGUGUAGAAAGCAUAACUUGAAAGAUGAAUCCAUCUUAUUUACUCUAUAAACAGAACGUGGAUGCAAAGUGAUCGGACCGUGUUCCAACACCAUUGUGCAACGUGGACAAUAGAAAGGUUUGAUAGAAAAUUUUGGUGGCUUCUCUUCUAAAAUUGCUUCUUAAAUCAAUCAGAAUGGAUUAAGUUUUGCUUCUUAUAGGGUAGUUUCUGUAAUACAUACGGCUAAUCAAGCAAUAGUCUGUAGUUCUCUACAUUUUACUAUGAAAUGUAGAUUCAAGUAUAGGCAUGUUCUUCACCCAAAGAAGUAAGAUAGAACUAGAAGGGCAUUGUGAAUAGUUUACACAAUAAAUGAAGCAUAUGUGUAGUUAGACAAGAAAGAAGCCUUUUCUGGCUUAAAAAUUGCUCAAGAAUUCUGUAAGUUUUUCAUCCUAGAAGAUAGGGAGCAAUUGAUCUAUUUUUCUUAUAGCCCCCUAAAGCUGAUAGAAUAAGCUGACCCUCCCAACUUGUUCAUUAGUAGAAAAUGCGGUUUCAUUGAUCAGAGGGAGAAAUGGAUUUAAAUUGAUAAAAUUACGUUUAUCAGGGUCUGAUAAAUUCCAUUCAUCAAAUUAGUUUUUA